AUGUCUGACUACCAUCGGAGCUGGAGGCCCGACCGUCCUCUGGGCUACCUCCCACUCAGCGAGCUGGACAGCGGUCUGGGCUGUGGCCCGGACAGCCCCCACCACCGGGUGGCGCUCUCGGAGGCGGAGACGGACGCCAUGUCCUCCCUCCCGGGCCACACCCCCUCCUCCCAGGGCUCCUCCUCCUCCUCCGAGUCCCUCAUCUCCUCGGAGCCCAGCGACUCGGGCUUCCACAGCGUCAGCACCGGCGAGCACCGCCGGCUGCACGCAGGCCACGCCCACCGCCAGCCGCCACGCCCGGGCCACUCCCCCCGGGAGCAGAGAGGACGCUGGGACCUGGAGUCCAUCCCUGAGACCAGCCAGAUGGGCCACAGCCGGGCGCCGCCGGCCUCCCGCUGCUCUGUGGGCAACAGCACCACCACCACCGUCCACUUCCACCGGGCCGAGCGGAGCCCCACUUUACCCCGCCACCACUCGCCGCCAUCCCCCUCCAUCGGCUGUCAAACUGAACCCUGCCAGCGGAGGGCGCUGUGGUUGGACCAGCAGCGGCAGCAGCAUCGGGGAUGUGGGACCAUGGAGGCUCCAGGGAGGAGCCAGACCAUAACAGACCUGAGCGAGGGGCAGCGCCGCCGCAGGGCGAGUCACCCCCACACCACGGACCCCAACGGCCCCAGAAACGCCCACCAGAACAGCCACCCCGGCCCCGGCCCCGGCCCCGGCCCCGGCCCCGGCCCUGGCCCCGGACCCGGCCCCGGCCGCCAUGCCGCGGCGCCGAGGAGCCGGGCCAGCUACCCCAGCCACUGUCACCCUCCAGGGGUGGACAGAACCAGCCUGAGAAGCCACCAGAACUCCCCGCGGAACAGCCAGAGCUCAAAUCGGAGCAGGGAGGAGGAUGCCCUCUCUAAGAGUCCUGGAUCUGGCUCCAGCGGGGUGUCGGACUGGCGAGGCUUUCAGACACUCGGCAGUCUCACGGAGAAGCCGAAGGGCUCCUGCGCAUCUUUCUACAGCACUCUCGGAGCCCCGCAGCGCAGCGCUCGCUCUCCACCUUCUCCCCGCUCCAGGCUGUCCAAUCAGAAGUCAGUCAGGAAUCAGCUGCUCCGAGCCAGAGCUUACCGACUGGCCAGGGAGCGCAGCGAGGUCACCACGGACGAGGAGGUUCGAGGAGAGGGGUCCAGAGAGGGAGAGGAGGAGGGCGAGGACGGCCGGUGGGCGGGGCGAUACUGGAACCGGACGGAGAGGCGGCGCCACAUGGCGCUCUCCCGCCAGCACAGGGAGAGGAAGGGCGGAGGGGAGGAGCUGACGGGCGGGUGCAUGGGGGCGAUGUCGUCCCAGAUGGUGCUGGAGCUGAGCCACAUGAAGCAGAACCGGCUGAGGAACAGCAAGCUGCUGGACGACUGGACCACAGUGGAGGAGCUGCUGACCCACGGCACGCGAGUGGAGAGCGACAGCCAGCUCUGUCCCAGCCCUCUGCUGUCGGUCACCACCGUCUGA